UGCUGUUAGUCUGAUGGUGAAUGUUGCAUUUGUUCCUCGCCUUAAGGAAAGUCGUGUUUGUGUUUGAGUUCGUGUUAAAUUUAGCCACUUUUCCGAGCGGACAGGCGACAGAACCGUCGAAACCGUCGCCUCGAAACGAACGUUUUUCCGCUGUAGUGUCCGAGUCCCGAGUUUUAGUUCUUCUUCGGUUCAAAGAAGAUUUCCUUUGCCUGCGGUGUGGAUUUUCUUUUUUUUUUUUUUCUUGUGUGGAUUGAAUUUUCCAUCUGAUCGAUUAGUGAUAGUGAUUGGUUUUAUUUUUUCUGCUCUCGAUCGUGCUCUCUCUGGUGUUACAUAAAUAUUAGCACAAGAAGCACGAAUUAAAAUAUUUGUCUGGGUACAAGGCAGAACCAAAUUUUCAGAUCACACAUUUUUCAUGGUUUAUUGUUUGUUGGUGUGAUAUUAUUCAAACGAGACGACUUAGUAGAAAGCAAAAAGACUGCAUCGAAUAUUAGGAAGUAAAAAAAAGUGAAAGGAAAUUUAUUCCUCCAAAGUGAUUUCAAACGUAUGUGAAUUGUGUCACCUGUGAGAAACACCAUCAGCCAAAUUGUAGGAGCAGGGAGGCUAGAAAGUAGCUUUCUUCCAUUAUUUACAAACCACCGAGAGCAGAAGAAGAAGUGGAAGCAAACAGGUACCGCGCACCGAUGAAGUAACCACACGACAAUCCGGGGCAGCCUCUUAAGUUUUUUUUUCGGCUAGUGGUAUGUUGAAAUAAGUAAAGUGCUUUGAAGGAAACGAAAAUUUUGCCGCUGAAGGAGCGGAACAACAGAAGCAAUCAUGGCGGAAGCGGAAGGAGGGUCGGAGCAGGAUGAUGUUUCAUUUCUGCGGACGGAAGACAUGGUCUGUCUGUCCUGCACCGCGACCGGGGAGCGUGUCUGCCUGGCGGCCGAGGGAUUCGGCAAUCGGCACUGCUUCCUCGAGAACAUCGCUGACAAGAACAUCCCGCCGGACCUUUCGCAGUGCGUGUUCGUCAUCGAGCAGGCGCUCUCGGUUCGGGCCCUGCAGGAGCUGGUCACGGCCGCCGGUUCCGAAACGGGCAAUGAAUCGGUAGGCAAAGGAACGGGAUCCGGACACCGAACGUUGCUGUACGGCAAUGCCAUCCUGCUGCGUCACAACAACAGUGAUAUGUACCUAGCGUGCCUUUCAACCUCGUCCUCGAACGAUAAGUUGUCCUUUGAUGUCGGUCUGCAGGAGCACAGCCAGGGCGAGGCCUGCUGGUGGACGGUACAUCCGGCGAGCAAACAGCGUUCCGAGGGUGAGAAGGUUCGCGUCGGUGACGAUUUGAUUCUGGUAUCGGUUGCCACUGAGCGGUAUCUGCAUACCACCAAGGAGAACGACCUCUCGGUUGUGAACGCGAGCUUCCACGUCACCCACUGGAGCGUUCAGCCGUACGGCACUGGCAUUUCCCGUAUGAAGUAUGUAGGUUACGUAUUCGGAGGCGACGUACUUCGGUUCUACCACGGAGGCGACGAAUGUCUUACGAUACCCAGUACAUGGAGUCAGGAGGAAGGGCAGAAUAUGGUGGUUUACGAGGGUGGUUCGGUAAUGUCCCAGGCGCGAUCACUGUGGCGGUUGGAGUUAGCCCGGACAAAGUGGGCCGGAGGCUUCAUCAACUGGUCCCACCCGAUGAGGAUUCGUCACUUGACCACCGGUCGCUAUUUGGGUGUUAAUGAGAACAACGAGUUGAUACUGAUGCCAAGGGACCAAGCGACGACCACCACUACGGCGUUCGUGUUGCGAUCGGAGAAAGACGAUCAGAAGGUGGUUCUUGAGGACAAGGAUUUGGAAAUUAUCGGUGCUCCAAUCGUCAAAUACGGUGACUCUACGGUCAUCAUGCAGCACCACGAAUCGGGACUCUGGGUCAGCUACAAGAGCUACGAAACCAAGAAGAAGGGCGUCGGCAAGGUCGAGGAGAAGCAGGCCAUCUUACACGAGGAAGGAAAGAUGGACGACGGCUUGGACUUCUCUCGAUCCCAGGAGGAAGAGUCCAGGACGGCUCGGGUUAUUCGCAAGUGUAGCUCGCUGUUCACCAAGUUCAUUAGCGGCCUCGAAACCCUGCAGCAGAACCGUCGUCACUCGAUUUUCCUGCAGACAGUCAACCUAGGAGAAGUCGUUAUGUGCCUGGAGGAUUUGAUCAACUACUUCGCGCAACCGGAAGAUGACAUGGAACAUGAAGAACGACAGAACAGGCUUCGUGCCUUGCGUAACCGACAGGACUUGUUCCAGGAGGAAGGUGUUCUUAACCUGAUCCUGGAGGCAAUCGACAAAAUGAACGUCAUAUCCUCGCAAGGCUUCUUGACAUCCUUCCUGGCCAGUGAAGAUACCGGUCAAAGCUGGGAAAUGAUCUCCGGCUAUCUGUACCAACUGUUGGCAGCCAUCAUCAAGGGCAACCAUACCAAUUGUGCCCAAUUCGCUAACGCUAAUCGUUUGAACUGGCUUUUCUCCCGUUUGGGGUCCCAAGCCUCAAGUGAAGGUUCCGGUAUGUUGGAUGUACUCCACUGCGUUCUGAUAGAUUCGCCAGAGGCCUUGAACAUGAUGCGUGACGAACACAUCAAGGUCAUCAUUUCUCUGCUCGAAAAGCACGGUCGCGAUCCGAAAGUAUUGGAUGUGCUUUGUUCGCUUUGCGUCGGUAACGGAGUAGCUGUACGUUCUUCGCAGAACAACAUUUGCGACUUCCUGCUUCCGGGCAAAAAUCUGCUGCUACAAACGAGUUUGGUCGACCACGUAGCUAGCAUCCGUCCAAAUAUUUUUGUUGGACGCGUCGAAGGAUCUGCCGUGUAUCAGAAGUGGUACUUUGAAGUCACCAUGGACCAUAUCGAACAAACUACGCACAUGUUCCCGCAUCUAAGGAUUGGUUGGGCUAACACCUCGGGCUACGUACCAUAUCCAGGUGGCGGUGAAAAGUGGGGUGGUAACGGAGUCGGUGAUGAUCUGUACUCGUAUGGCUUCGAUGGUGUAUACUUUUGGUCCGCUGGACGAAAAACUCGCAUUGCCAACGGGGAAAUCACCGAACCUUUUAUCAAAAAGAAUGAUGUUAUUGGCUGUACUCUGGAUUUGAGCGUACCGGUAAUCCGUUUCACCUUUAACGGAGAACCUGUCCAGGGUUGCUUUACCGAUUUCAACCUCAAUGGAAUGUUCUUCCCGGUCAUGAGCUGUUCGUCAAAGCUGAGUUGUCGCUUCCUAUUUGGAGGUGAUCACGGAAGGCUGAAAUACACUCCACCGGUAGGAUUCUCCCCCCUAGUUCAAUCCCUGAUGCCUACCCAGAACCUCAGCUUGGAUCCUUGUUUUUAUUUUGGAAAUCUGAGCAAGAACGUUUUGGCUGGACCAUGGAUGAUUGAAGACGAUUCGGCUUUCGUCCCGAAGCCGGUAGACACUUCAAGCGUUACGCUUCCGGCUUCGGUUGAAACCAUCAAGGAUAAGCUGGCCGAAAACAUCCACGAAAUGUGGGCCCUCAACAAAAUUGAAGCCGGCUGGACUUGGGGUGAACGUCGCGACGACAUGUACAGAAUCCACCCAUGUCUCACGUCGUUCGAAAAGUUACCAGCAGCCGAAAAACGUUACGACUGUCAACUGGCAGUUCAGACCCUAAAAACCAUCCUAUCCCUCGGAUACUACAUUUCUCUCGACAAACCACCGGCACGUAUUCGUCCAAUUCGACUGCCCAACGACCCAUACAUGCAGGGCAACGGCUACAAACCGGCGCCAUUAGAUUUGACAGCAGCCGUUCUAAACCCGAAAAUGGAAGAACUCAUCGAUCUGCUGGCAGAAAAUACCCACAACCUGUGGGCCAAGGAACGUAUCCAGCAGGGUUGGACGUACGGCCUCAACGAAGACGGCGAAAAUCGUCGCAGUCCGCAUCUGGUACCGUACAGCAAGGUCGACGAAGCGAUCAAGAAGGCUAACCGCGAUACGGCCUCGGAAACCGUUCGCACUCUACUGAUCUACGGCUACAACCUGGAUCCACCGACUGGUGAAGCGAACGAAGCCCUGGCCGCGGAAGCUCUACGCCAGAAGUUUGCCGCCUUCAGAACCUACCGAGCGGAGAAGACCUACGCCGUAACUUCCGGGAAGUGGUACUUUGAGUUCGAAGUGCUGACUGCUGGACCAAUGAGGGUCGGUUGGGCUCGGGCCGAUUGUAAUCCAGGUACCAUGUUGGGAAGUGACGAAUGUUCUUGGGCAUUCGACGGCUACAAUGCACGUAAGCUACACCUGCACACGGUCGAAGACUUCGGUAGGCACUACCUGGUCGGAGACAUCAUCGGUUGCUUCAUAGACGUCCAUAAUAAGAGCAUGAGUUUUUCACUGAAUGGCGAACUGUUGAUGGAUGCCCUCGGUGGUGAAACCACUUUUGCCGAUGUGAAUGCUCCGGAAGGGGUUGGUUUUGUACCGGCCUGCACCAUCGGAAUUGGCCAGAAAGCCCGCGUCGUCUACGGUCAGGACGUCGAUUCGCUAAAGUGGUUCACCACUUGCGGUCUGCAAGAAGGUUACGAACCGUUCUGUGUUAACAUGAAACGUGCCGUCACGCACUGGUACACCAAGGACCAGCCGAUCUUCGAGAACACCGAAGAUAUUCCGGACUGCAAGAUCGAUGUCACGCGUAUACCAGGCGGUGCCGAUCAGCCGCCGUGCAUGAAGAUCUCCCACAACACCUUCGAAACGAUGGAGAAGGCGAACUGGGAGUUCCUGAGACUGUCUUUGCCGGUGACCUGCGAUGCGAGCUUCAUUGAUGAACACGAAAAAAUGCGCCGCUGGGAGGAGAUCCGCAUCCGGCAGCAUCGGUUGUUGGCCGAAAUUGACCACCAGCAGCCGGCUCACUUCGACCAUAUCAUGAAGAGUGGAUUCACCAUGAACGAUUUGAAGGGUCUGCAACGCAACUACUCGGACGAUGCCGCCGAAGCCGACGAGGCGAUGCGCAAUGGACCCCAACGUCCUACACGGGUCACCCGCCGUGGAGUCGGCCUCAGCCCACCGGGUAUCGAGAUUAACGGCGAAACGCAACUAUCCGACGGAGAAAACGCAUACUCCGACAACGAACUGGAAGGCGACGAGCGCAAGAAGCGCGGCCGUAGUCCAUUCCGACUGUUCAGCAAAAAACGCGACGCCAGCAAGGAUAAGCCGAAGGAUCGGCGAACCCCGGAACCGGAUCCACGUAGAGCAGCUGCCCAGCCACGGGCCGUAGCUCGUAAUGCUACUGGUCGUGCUUCGACGGCGGAUAUACGUGGCCAGCAGACUCCGACAGAUCCUCGCAAGGCGAUGACAAGCCCGCAAGGCGUCGAAACAUCUGGUAGCGAAAUCUACGACUCCGAGUGCUUGAAGCUUAUCAACGAAUACUUCUACGGUGUUCGUAUCUUCCCUGGUCAAGAUCCAACACACGUUUACGUCGGUUGGGUCACUACCCAGUACCAUGUUCAUAGCAAAGACUUCAGCAGGGAUAAGGUUCGCCAUGCGUCGAUUUUUGUUGAAGACAUCAAUGGAAAAACCACCGAAGUGGUGAAUCGCCAAUCCUGCUACAUGGUUCGUGCCGAUGAGCUCUUCAACGAAGUUUCUCAAGAUGCAUCAGGAAAGGGAGCUUCGCAAGGCAUGUUCGUCGGUUGUUUCGUCGAUACAGCCACUGGAACCAUUCGGUUCACCUGUGAAGGAAAGGAAACCUCUCAUGUUUUCCUUAUGGAGCCAGAAACUAAACUCUUCCCUGCCAUCUUUGUGGAAGCCACUAGUAAAGAAAUUCUGCAAAUUGAGCUUGGUAGAACACCGACCACUUUGCCUCUGUCGGCAGCUGUUCUUCCGACCAGCGAUAAACAUAUCAAUCCACAGUUCCCACCAAGAUUGAAGGUCCAAUGCCUUAAACCACAUCAAUGGGCUCGUGUACCGAACACUGCCCUGCAAGUGCAUGCGCUGAAACUGUCCGACAUCCGUGGAUGGUCAAUGCUUUGCGAAGAUCCGUUAUCGAUGCUGGCUCUGCAUAUUCCUGAAGAAGAUCGUUGCAUCGACAUCCUUGAGUUGAUCGAAAUGGAUCGAUUACUGUCUUUCCACGCGCAUUCUCUUACGUUGUAUUCGGCCUUGUGCUUCCAAUCCAAUUAUAGAGCAGCGCACGCCUUAUGCUCACACGUAGACCAAAAACAACUGCUGUACGCCAUCCAAUCGGAGUACAUGAGCGGUCCACUACGUUUAGGUUUCUACGACCUGCUGAUCUCGUUGCAUCUCGAAUCUCACGCUACCACAAUGGAAGCCUGCAAGAACGAAUUCAUCAUCCCGCUUGGCCCGGACCUCAAGGAACUGUACGCUGAUCCGGAAAUGUGCCACUCGCUACGUUCCCUUCAAACCCUUUCCGUUCAACCGGAACUGCACAUGACUGAGAUAGCAUCAUCCAAUACCCCACAAUCGCAUUGUACAACCUUAGUAGCACCAGAUUCUUCCAGUGAACCGAUCCCGGCGAUUGAUUCGCUCUAUUCGCCGAAAUUCCCAUUGGAGGUGGUUCGAGAGUUUGUGAUGGCCGCCCUCGACGAGGCGGUCCAGAUCAAUCAGGUACACAAUCGCGAUCCUAUCGGUGGAUCGAACGAAAAUCUGUUCCUGCCGCUUAUCAAGCUGACCGAUCGUCUGCUUCUGGUGGGCACCAUCACAAACGAAGACGUCGAGAAGCUGCUCAUUAUGAUAGAUCCGGAAACGUGGGAUUCAAACUUUGAGAAGGAGGGCAAAGACGAACAUCGCAAGGGUCUGCUGACGAUGAAGAUGGCUGAGGGAGCCAAGCUCCAAAUGUGCUACCUUUUGCACCAUCUAUACGAUGUACAGCUACGUCACAGAACCGAAAGUAUCGUGGCUUUUGCUCACGAUUACGUUUUCGAUCUACAGCAGGAUCAGCUGAGACGUUACAUCGAAAUCAAGCACUCCGAUAUGCCUAGUGCUGUGGCAGCGAAGAAGACUCGAGAGUUCCGUUGUCCACCACGAGAGCAGAUGAAUGCUAUUUUGAACUUCAAGAACCUGGAAGGCGAAGACUUGGAGAAUUGUUCCAUUGGAAAUGAGCUCCGUAGUACGCUGGGAGAUUUUCAUGAUUCACUGAUGGGCAAAGUAUCUCUGAACGCCUUACAGGAGCCGGAAGAAGAGUCAAGCGAUGCUCUCGACGAUUCCAAGCCAGGUGCUCUGAAGAAAUUGUACAGCUUUAUCAAUACCGUCAAGGAGCUGGAGGAAGAUCCUAAAGAACCAGAAGAGGUUGAAAAGAAGACUCCAGAAGAAGUGUUUAGAAAGGUUCUUAUCAAGCAACUGGUGUCCUGGGCCGAGGAAUCCCAAAUCGAAAAUCCCAAAUUGGUUAGGGAAAUGUUCAGCUUGCUCGUUCGUCAAUACGACACCAUUGGUGAGAUGAUCAGCGCUUUGAACAAAACGUACGUCAUUAAUUCGAAAACUAAGGGCGACGUAGCGAACAUGUGGAUUGGUUUGAGCCAGAUCCGUGCCCUUCUGCCUGUUCAGAUGAGUCAAGAAGAGGAAGAGCUUAUGCGAAAACGAUUGUGGAAGCUGGUAAACAACCACACAUUCUUCCAGCAUCCUGAUCUUAUCAGAAUUCUCAGAGUUCACGAAAACGUUAUGGCAGUAAUGAUGAACACUCUAGGUCGUCGAGCUCAAGCACAAAGUGAUGCUCCGGUGCAAUCGUCCGAAGGUGAGGAAGCUCCUCCUAAGGAAAAGGACACAUCACAUCAGAUGGUAGUAGCUUGCUGUCGUUUCCUGUGUUACUUCUGUCGCACAGGUCGUCAGAAUCAGCGGGCUAUGUUUGAUCACUUCGACUUUUUGUUGGAGAACUCUAACAUUUUACUGUCGCGUCCAAGCCUUCGAGGCUCUACACCACUUGAUGUAGCCUAUUCAAGUUUGAUGGACAAUACGGAGCUGGCAUUGGCUCUUCGUGAGCAUUACCUGGAAAAAAUUGCAGUAUACCUAUCUCGUUGUGGCCUGCAGAGCAAUUCUGAGCUGGUAGAACGUGGAUAUCCUGACUUGGGUUGGGAUCCGGUGGAAGGUGAACGUUAUCUUGAUUUCCUGCGGUUCUGCGUCUGGGUCAAUGGUGAAAGCGUCGAAGAAAAUGCUAACCUGGUAAUUCGCUUGUUGAUUCGUCGUCCGGAGUGUUUGGGACCCGCGCUGCGUGGUGAAGGUGAAGGUCUUCUGAAGGCCAUCACCGAUGCCAACAAAAUGUCUGAGAAGAUCUCCGAGCGUAGAAAGAUGCAUGAUGAGGCCGAAGGAACGAUUUCUGGCUUGGGUUUCUCGCAUCCUCUUCCAGAGGGAGACGAUGAUGAGGACUAUAUCGAUACUGGAGCCGCAAUUCUUAGCUUCUAUUGUACGCUGGUUGAUCUGUUGGGACGAUGCGCUCCGGACGCAUCCGUCAUUGAGCUGGGUAAAAACGAAUCGCUCAGAGCACGUGCCAUUUUGCGUUCUCUUGUACCAUUGGAAGAUCUACAAGGAGUGCUGAGUCUCAAGUUCACCCUUAAAAACCCAGCCGCUGGUGAAGAACGACCCAAGUCUGAUGUGCCAUCUGGAUUGGUGCCUGGACAUAAGCAGAGUGUCGUCUUAUUCUUAGAACGUGUCUAUGGAAUCGAAACGCAUGAACUCUUCUUCCGUCUGCUAGAAGACUCCUUCUUGCCAGAUCUUCGUACUGCCACAAUGCUGGAUCGUAGCGACGGUUCUGAAAGUGACAUGGCUUUGUCCAUGAAUCGUUACAUUGGUAACUCUAUUCUUCCACUACUGAUCAAGCACAGCAAAUUCUACAACGAGGCAGAAAACUACGCCAGUCUGUUAGACGCAACUUUACAUACAGUGUACCGCAUGUCUAAGAACCGUAUGCUCACUAAAGGUCAACGUGAGGCUGUAUCGGACUUCUUGGUGGCCCUUACUUCGGCUAUGCAUCCAGCUAUGUUGCUGAAGCUUUUGCGUAAACUUACCGUUGAUGUAUCCAAACUAUCAGAGUAUACAACUGUCGCACUGCGUUUGUUGACUUUACACUACGAUCGCUGUGCCAAGUACUACGGCACUACUGGAAGUGGACAGGCUACUCAAUUCGGAGCAUCAUCUGAUGAGGAAAAACGCCUUACCAUGCUGUUGUUCUCCAACAUCUUCGAUUCUCUCAGCAAUAUGGAUUAUGAUCCAGAGUUGUUCGGUAAGGCCUUACCUUGUCUCAUUGCAAUCGGAUGUGCUCUGCCUCCAGAUUACAGUUUGUCCAAGACUUCGGAUGACGACUUGUAUGGAAAACCUACGAGCAACCCCGAUCAACCACACUACAAUCCGCAACCAAUUGACACCAGCAUUGUGCAGUUGACAAACGACCUUAACUCAAUCGUUCAGAAGUUCAGCGAACACUAUCAUGAUGCCUGGGCCAGCAGAAAAUUGGAGAAUGGAUGGAGCUACGGCGAUCAGUGGUCUGAUUCUAACAAGACCCACCCGCGUUUGAAGCCGUAUAACAUGCUUAGCGAAUACGAAAAAGAACGCUACAAGGAACCGGUACGUGAAAGUCUCAAGGCACUUUUGGCUCUCAAUUGGCGCGUUGAACACUCCGAAGGAGACGUUCCACUUUCGAACCGUGGAUCCAUGCGUAGGCAAUCCAAACCAAAUCUUGAAUUACAGCUGGAUACUUCUGGUUCUCCGUUCAACUACAACCCGCAUCCGGUUGACAUGACCAACUUGACGCUGAGCAGAGAGAUGCAAAACAUGGCCGAACGUCUGGCAGAAAAUGCACAUGACAUCUGGGCCAAGAAGAAGUUCGAAGAGUUGAACAAAUGUGGAGGAGCGGUUCAUGCCCAACUGGUUCCCUACGAUCUGCUUACGGACAAAGAGAAGCGUAAGGAUCGCGAACGUUCUCAGGAAUUCCUGAAGUAUCUGCAGUACCAGGGAUUGAAGCUACACAAGCCAACUCGUGGUAUGACCGAGGAGCCGGGUAUCACUGCUGCCGCCAUCGAAGCUCGCUUUGCCUACUCACUGUUGGAGAAAUUGAUUUCGUACAUUGAUCGUGCAACGAUCAACAUGAAACUGCUGAAACCAUCGACCACCUUCAGCAGACGGUCGUCAUUUAAGACCUGCACCAGAGAUAUCAAAUUCUUCUCGAAGGUGGUGCUACCUUUAAUUGAGAAAUAUUUCUCGAGCAAUCGUAACUACUUCAUUGCGAUUGCUACCGCUACCAAUAACAUUGGCGCUGCGUCCCUCAAGGAGAAGGAAAUGGUUGCGGCACUGUUCUGUAAACUGGCUAACUUGCUGCGUAACCGCAUGGCAGCUUUCGGUGCCGACGUUAGGAUCACUGUCCGGUGUUUGCAAGUCCUCGUUAAGAGCAUUGACGCAAAAACUUUGGUCAAGAACUGUCCCGAGUUUAUUCGUACUUCUAUGUUGACGUUCUUCAACAACACGGCCGAUGACUUGGGUCAAACGAUAGUGAAUCUGACUGAUGGUAAAUAUGAUCGACUUCGUGGUACGCACUUGAAAACGUCGACUUCGUUAGCCUACGUUAAUCAGGUAAUAUUACCGGUGUUGACGGCUCUGUUCGAUCAUCUAGCAGCGUGCGAGUACGGCAGCGAUCUUCUUCUGGAUGAAAUCCAGGUAGCGUCUUAUAAGAUCUUAUCCGCCUUGUACACAUUAGGAACGGAUGGCACACUUACGCGUGAUCGUAAAUAUUUGAAAACCGAGAUUGAACGCCACAAACCAGCGUUGGGAUCAUGUUUAGGAGCCUUCAGUUCCUGUUUCCCGGUGGCUUUCCUCGAACCACAUGCCAACAAGCACAAUCCAUUCUCGCUGUUGAAUCGUAUCGCGGAUACAUCACUGGAAGCGCAAGAUAUCAUGACCAAAAUGGAAGGUUCUAUGCCUACUCUGGAGGCCAUUCUGACCGAGGUGGAUCAUUUCGUGAACUCUGAAAAGACCUAUCAUGAUGCGCAAUAUAUUAUCGACGUUAUUUUGCCGCUACUUUGUUCGUAUCUUCCGUUCUGGUGGAACCAAGGACCCGAUAAUGUGAGUCCACAGUCUGGUAAUCACGUCACCAUGGUUACAGCGGAGCACAUGAAUCUUCUGCUGAAGAACGUGUUGAAGAUGAUCAGAAAGGCUAUCGCCAACGAGAACGCUCCGUGGAUGACCCGUAUUGCAAGCUUCACACAACAGAUCAUCAUCAACAGUUCCGAAGAGUUGCUGAAGGAUGUGUUCCUACCCCUUGCAGAACGCGUCAAAAAGCGUGUGGACAGUUUGUUCCACAAAGAGGAGAGCUUGCGAGGCUUCCUCAAGUCUUCCACGGACGAUACAUCACAAAUCGAGGCUCAAAUUCAAGAGGAUUGGCAACUGUUGGUUCGUGAUAUCUACUCGUUCUAUCCGCUGCUGAUCAAGUACGUCGAUCUUCAACGUAAUCACUGGCUGAAGGAUAACAUUUCCGAGGCCGAAGAGCUCUACAACUACGUUGCGGAGAUCUUCAAUGUGUGGUCCAAGAGCCAAUACUUCCUCAAGGAAGAACAGAACUUCAUUUCGGCCAACGAAAUUGACAACAUGGCGUUGAUCAUGCCUACGGCCACCCGAAGAUCUGCCAAUGUUUCCGGAGAUGUUCCUGCAGCUGGAGGUAAAAUUAAGAAGAAGAAACGAUCGCGCGAUAAAAAACGCGACAAGGAUAAGGAGAUCCAGUCCAGCUUGAUGGUAGCCUGCUUGAAGCGUCUGCUUCCAGUUGGGUUGAACUUGUUUGCCGGUAAGGAGCAGGAAUUGGUGCAGCAUUGCAAGGAUCGUUACCUCAAGAAAAUGCAAGAAUACGAGGUGAUCGAGUUUGCCCGGACACAGCUGACUCUUCCGGAUAAACUUGAUCCAGCUGACGAAAUGUCCUGGCAGCACUAUCUGUACUCGAAGCUAGGCAAGAAGGAAGAAGUGGUCGUGCAGGAAUCGUUGGAGAAGGUAGACAAGAAACAGGGCAACAAGAUUGAGGAUACCGUCGAACGGAUCGUCGCCAUGGCCAAGGUUCUAUACGGAUUGCAUAUGAUCGACCAUCCACAACAGCAAAGUAAAAAUGUUUAUAGAAGUUGUGUCUCGAUACAGAGAAAGCGAGCGGUUAUUGCUUGUUUCAGACAUGUCUCCUUACAUUCACUGCCAAGACAUAAAGCGUGUAACAUCUUCGCUAGGACUUACUCUGAACUAUGGCUCGGGGAAGAAAACGUAGGCCAAGAGGUCAUGAUUGAAGACCUGACUCAAACCUUUGAAGACGCGGAAAAGAAGAAGAAGGAGGAGGAAGAGGAAGAGGGUAAGCCGGAUCCGUUGACGCAGAUGGUGACCACGUUCUGCCGGGGGGCGAUGACCGAAAGGAGCGGCGCCCUGCAGGAAGAUCCACUGUACAUGUCCUACGCGAGCAUCAUGGCUCGAUCCUGCGGUGAAGAGGAAGAGGAAGGCGGCGAAGAGGAGGAAGGUGGCGGAGGAGGCGAGGAUGAGGGUGGAGCCAGUAUUCAUAAAAUGGACAAACUCAUGGAGCAAGAAAUGGAGAAGCAGAAGCUGCUGUUCCACCAGGCGCGUCUAUCGAACCGAGGCGUGGCCGAAAUGGUACUGCUGCACAUUUCCGCCUCCAAGGGUAUCCCGUCGGACAUGGUGAUGCACACCCUGCAGCUCGGAAUCGCGAUCUUGCGCGGUGGUAACAUCGACAUCCAGAUGGGAAUGUUGAACCAUUUGAAGGAGAAGAAGGAUGUCGGGUUCUUCACUUCGAUUGCCGGGCUGAUGAAUUCCUGCAGUGUGCUGGAUUUGGACGCCUUCGAACGUAACACCAAAGCCGAAGGUCUGGGAGUGGGAGCGGAUGGAGCGGCAGGCGAGAAAAAUAUGCACGAUGCGGAGUUCACAUGUGCUCUGUUCCGAUUUAUCCAACUGACUUGUGAAGGUCACAAUCUCGAUUGGCAGAACUACCUUAGAACGCAGGCCGGAAACACCACCACCGUCAACGUAGUCAUUUGUACCGUCGAUUACCUGCUUCGACUUCAGGAAUCCAUCAUGGACUUCUACUGGCAUUACUCGAGCAAGGAGCUGAUCGAUCCGGCUGGUAAAGCCAAUUUCUUCAAAGCCAUCGGAGUCGCCAGUCAAGUAUUUAACACACUCACUGAAGUUAUUCAGGGUCCUUGUACGCAGAAUCAGCAAGCUUUGGCUCACUCCCGUCUGUGGGAUGCCGUCGGUGGUUUCCUGUUCCUGUUCUCACAUAUGCAAGACAAACUGUCCAAGCAUUCGAGCCAGGUAGAUCUGUUGAAGGAAUUGUUGAAUCUCCAAAAGGACAUGAUCACCAUGAUGUUGUCCAUGCUUGAAGGUAACGUUGUCAACGGUACGAUCGGUAAACAGAUGGUUGACACCCUGGUAGAAUCGGCUUCCAAUGUGGAACUUAUUCUGAAGUACUUCGACAUGUUCUUGAAGCUCAAGGAUCUCACUUCAUCGGCAAGCUUUACCGAAAUCGAUCCCAAUGGAGAUGGUUGGAUCCUGCCGAAGGACUUCCGCGAUAAGAUGGAGCAGCAGAAGAGUUACACACCAGAAGAGAUCGACUUCCUACUGGCAUGUUGUGAAAUGAACCAUGAUGGUAAAAUCGAUUACAUUGGUUUUGUGGACCGUUUCCAUGAACCAGCCAAAGAAAUUGGUUUCAAUUUGGCUGUACUGUUAACGAACCUUUCCGAGCACAUGCCAAACGAACCUCGAUUGGCGCGUUUCCUCGAAACUGCCGGUUCGGUAUUGAACUAUUUCGAAGCGUUCCUGGGACGUAUCGAAAUUCUGGGAUCCUCGAAGAAAAUUGAACGAGUAUACUUCGAAAUCAAGGAAGCUAACAUCGAGCAAUGGGAAAAGCCACAGAUUAAAGAAUCCAAGCGAGCGUUCUUCUAUUCGAUCGUAACGGAAGGUGGUGAUAAGGAGAAGCUGGAAGCAUUCGUUAACUUCUGCGAAGACGCCAUCUUUGAAAUGACUCAUGCUUCCGGACUUAUGGCUAGUGACGACGACGGUGGCAAUGUGAGACGUGAGGCUUCGUUCACCUACAUCAGUGAAGAGGAGGAAGAGCAACGAGCACGGGAUCCAGUCAAGCGAACAAUCCAGGCUGUCAAGGACGGUCUAGCGUACUCGGUCUAUAUGAUCUCACCGUCGAACAUCAAACACCAGAUUGCGGUGCUGCAAACGAAAUCAUUCCCUGAACUCAUCGUCGGCUUUUUCAAGAUGAUCUUCUAUGCAUUCUACUAUUCUGGCUUCGGAGUGUCGAUAAUUUUCAAGUACUUGAUCAAUGUGCUAAUGUCGUUGAUGCGUGGAUCGACGCAGGAAGAGGAAGAAGUUAUCCCGGAAAGCGAACCUAUGCGAGCACUACCUGCAUUACCUGCCGAACAACCUACGGGAACGGUGCAAGCAUUCGGACUCGAUAUAAGCAAGGAAGAAAAUGGUCAAUUCCGUGUGGCACCUCACGAGUCUCCUGGUUUGAGUCCAUCUUCGUCGCUGGAUGAAACCGGUGAAAGCAGCCCGGAGGAAGGUGGUGCUGAACCGACUGCCGAUGCAUCUAGCACUGAGCCUCCAAUGACACUGGUAGACUUACUUGGCGGCGAAGCAGCUAAACGUGCUGCCCAGGAACGAUCAGAAGCACAGAAGGCACAAGAAGCUACCCUUGCCAGUAUAGAGGCUGAAUCGAAGAAGACAUCUAGCGAACCAAAGGAUCCGGCUGCCGUCAAUCAGAUUGAUUUCUCCAAGUACACGAAGAAGGCCGUCAGCUAUCUGGCAAGAAAUUUCUACAAUCUAAAGUACGUGGCAUUGGUUUUGGCAUUCGGCAUCAACUUCAUGCUUCUGUUCUACAAGGUAACGACAUUCGGAGACGAUGAGGAAUCAGCAGAAGGAUCUGGCGGAGAUGAUAUGAUGGAACUGGCUUCGGGUCUAAUGGAAGCGGCAAUGGACGGCGGAAGCGGCGGUGAAGGAGGAAGCGGAGAAGGUGGAGAGGAAGGCGAAGGCGAAGAUCCGUUGGAAAAGGUUGAAGUGGAUGAAGACUUCUUCUACAUGGAACACGUUAUGCGAGUAGCUGCCUGUCUGCAUAGUUUGGUUUCGCUUUGCAUGUUGAUCGCUUACUACCACCUCAAGGUUCCACUGGCUAUCUUCAAGCGCGAAAAGGAAAUUGCCCGACGUCUGGAAUUUGACGGUUUGUUCAUCGCUGAACAACCUGAGGAUGAUGAUAUCAAAUCGCACUGGGACAAGCUAGUUAUUUCUGCCAAGACCUUCCCCGUCAACUACUGGGACAAAUUCGUUAAGAAGAAGGUCCGUCAAAAGUACAGCGAAACCUAUGAUUUCGAUUCCAUUUCGAACCUGCUAGGCAUGGAGAAGAAUGCAUUCGCUGCCCAGGAAGGUGCGGAAGGUGGUGGAUUCUUCCAUUUCAUAGCUAACAUCGACUGGCGCUACCAGAUCUGGAAGGCCGGUGUUACCAUCACAGACAAUGCCUUCUUGUACUCGCUGUGGUAUUUCAUUUUCUCGGUCAUGGGUAACUUCAACAACUUCUUCUUCGCGGCUCAUUUGCUUGAUGUGGCCGUCGGUUUCAAAACUCUGCGUACCAUCUUGCAGUCCGUAACGCACAACGGCAAACAGCUGGUGCUCACGGUGAUGUUGCUCACAAUUAUCGUAUACAUCUACACGGUCAUUGCGUUCAACUUCUUCCGUAAGUUCUACAUACAGGAGGACGACGAAGGCGAAGAAGGAGACCGGAAGUGUCACGACAUGGGCACCUGCUUCGUGUUCCAUCUGUACAAGGGUGUAAGAGCUGGUGGCGGUAUCGGUGACGAAAUUGGGGAUCCAGAUGGCGACGAGUACGAGGUCUAUCGUAUCCUGUUCGACAUCUCGUUCUUCUUCUUCGUUAUUGUCAUCCUGUUGGCCAUCAUCCAAGGUUUGAUCAUUGACGCUUUCGGUGAGCUUCGUGAUCAGUUGGAGUCGGUCAAAGAAGACAUGGAGUCUAAUUGCUUCAUUUGCGGUAUAGGCAAGGACUACUUUGAUAAAGUACCCCACGGGUUCGAUACGCACGUGGCACAAGAACAUAAUUUGGCCAACUACAUGUUCUUCCUUAUGCAUUUAAUCAACAAACCGGACACGGAGUACACCGGUCAGGAAACGUACGUGUGGAAUAUGUACCAACAGCGAUGCUGGGACUUCUUCCCAGUGGGUGACUGCUUCAGGAAGCAAUAUGAGGACGAAUUAGGCGGCGGCGGAGGCAGCUAAUCUGCAACGUCGUUGUGAUUAAAUAUCGCACAAACUCAAACGAACAGAUAUCAAAAGCAACAAACAAUCAUCGGACGAUUUAUAAAGACAUUUUCCCCGAAACCAUCAAUAUUGAAACAGUAGUAAAUAUUCCAGAAUAAAUCCUUAACAUCGCUGAAACAAUCCAACUAAAGUUAAAAAAUCAAGAAAUCUUUUUGGAGAAAAAAGAAAGAACAAAAUACUACGACUCGAGACCAAAAACCUAAUCAAGUGGACAUAUUCAUAACAUAACAAAACAGUUCGCAAAAUCAACAGUAGGUUAACCGCAGGAAAAUACCAAUCGGAGAAACCCCAAUCCCGGGUAGAAGAUACAAGAAAACAAAACUCCUACGAAUGUAACAUAUUGGCGAAACGAUUGAAAGAAUGACUUCCGGCGUGAAGUAUUGCGAACGAAGAAUUGAAGAUACAAGCUAUUUACAUAUGCUACAACACAAACAAUGAAAGACACCAAAUGCGGUCAGAAACUGAUUUUAGUUCAUUUCUCGUUUGCCUAAUUUUAUGGGAUGAGCAAAAAAAACGGGCGUGAACGUUUUAUUUCUCUUUAAUUUAUUUUGUUGUGAAACAAACUUUUUUGAUUAAAAACGAAAAUUAAAAAAUGUAUAAAA